AUGUUGGCUCCAUUCACCUCGCGUAAUGCCAAGACCACGGCUGAUGACCCAUGUCAGGUGAUGCAUCGACACGCGGCCCGUGCUGCACCAAUAGCCGGCUUCCAAGGAAGUCCCCCUUCUGAACCCUCACGUUCUACGCGCUCACCGCCAGUCUGCCAACACGACCACGACAUCGCAAUCAUUGUGCUGACGCGUGCCGGCAGGCGCAAGCUCGACGUCGCAGCGGCUACGACAGUCUUUGGCAUCGCCGAGCUACUCGAGGAGAUCUUACUCGGCCUGCCUACCAAGGACCUGCUCCUUGCACAGUCGGUCUCUAGGACAUGGAAAGCUGCUAUCAGCAACUCGAUCCGCAUACAGCAUGCGCUCUUCCUGAGACCGAUCAGCAUCGACACAAGAUCUCAAGGAGAUAUCACCCAGUCAGGAUCGGCAGGGAGCAGCGAACCCAGUGUGCUCUUCAACCCGAUUCUUCCGAUCGUCCAUACUUCUGGUCACCGCAAAUGCGAGACUACCGUAGAGAAUAUCACAGCACCCGAUUCUUCCGUCGGAAAGAUGCUACUCUCCCAGCCUGCCGUCACUUCCAUCGAACUUUUCUCGCACUACUACCGGCCAGAGACGGAAGGCAAGAUGUACAAGCCACUUGUACAAUCGCUGAUUCACAACCCCGAGGGGGUCCGGAUGCAGGACGUGUACGAUCAAUUGGUAAACGACGUGCGUGCACGCACUUACUGUACUGGUGCAAUAUUGUUCUUCAUGAGGCAGAAUGCACAUUACAAGUCGCUCGAGUGGGAACCGCUUGAAGAUACCCGGCAGCUGGAAGCGUUGAAGGCUAGAUUGAAGAAGUAA